AUGGGUUCAUUGGAUGAUACUGAGUCCAACAUUUGGGACGAAAGCGACGUCCAGGGUUUCAGUUUUGAUGAUAUAGAAACGAAAGACAGUCAAAUAUACUCUGAUGCCCUUGCAAAGAACAUCAGUGGAAACGCUGUAGAAUCAGCUUUUGUUCCGAGCCUUGCUAGUGAGGAUUGUUCAUUCUGCAACCAACGCCUCAGUAAUGUUGUUAAAUAUGAGGACAAGUCUGCAUUUUGUUCAGAAGGCUGUUGGAUUGACUGCUUGCGCUCCUCCUUAUCUGAUCUGAGAAGUGGUGGAAUAAGCUCUUGGCCAAUCGAUAUGUUUGUUUCCUUAGGAGCUAAACGUAUGCUCAUCCAACUAGCCGCAGAAACAUUAGAUGGAGAUUUCCUAAUAAAGGUGAUCCUAAUCAUACGAUCACGACUUGAUCAAGAUCUUUUCUUCUCCCUUCUUCUCGAAAACGAACUCGGCUACAAGCAUUACUUGAAUUUCCUUACCGAAGCUUCCCAGACGUCGGAGGCGGAUGAACUGAUGCUUGCUCAUGGCGCUUUGGAGGAUUCAAAAAUCUCCACUUUUAAAAGCCGUAUGGAAGCCAUUCAAACAGGAAGCGCCGAAGAGGCGGAAAAAGCCAUGCAUCAGUUGCAUCUCUUUGCUGCGACUGAACUAAAAUCUGCGCCUUCUCUCGCUCUAAUGCACGAGUCGAUUACAAACGCCGCAGAGUUGUUGAAAUUUCAAUUGAAAAUCAGGUCGGAAUGGGCUGCAUUUCUCGGUCAGCCGCCAGAAGGACCGGCGAAAUCGAUGCUGAGUGAGCUGGAGGGAUCAAUUGUGGGACAGAACCUGGCAAACACGAUUCUCGCCUGCGUUUUGAUGGACAAAAAUGUGUCCAAAGGUAGUCGUGCUGAGCAGCUUAAAACAACGCACAAGAUGUCAGAUGAACACUUUCGGUGGUUGGUUCUUGAACCCCUCAUUCGCAUGGAACUGUGGAUGCAGAUCGAUCUGCUGCUGCUGGAAAAGAAAUGGCUAACGCGAAAGCCGUCACCGUCGCUGCCAAUUGAUCGUCUUAUUCUCUUUCUCCAUUCGACAAAGGCACCCAAAGACGUCACACGCAGAUUCCUGCAGUACAUGCCAGAUUCGGAGAGCCUGAUUGAUCUGGUCGUGCGUCUUGGUCUCUAUGAUCUUGGUCUAGAGCACUUCAUUCGUCGACGUGAUGUUGCAGGACUACGAAUCCUGCUUUCGCGAACUCCGAGUAGUAAAGAGGAGUUUAAGAUCGGUCAAACAUACUUAGGCAAGCCGACAAACCAAUGGGCGGAGUACGUGCCUCGGAACUGA